AAAAAACGUCGGCUCUUCAGUCUUCACUCUCCAUCGACCAGCCUGUAUCCCCAUUCUAUCCAAAUCCAUGGAAACCUCCACGCAGAAUGUAAGGAGCGGCGGAGUAAUGGAGGGCGAGGCGCAGCCGCCGCCGGCGUGCGUGUCCAAGGUGCUCGACGAGGACAACCUCCUCCGAGAGAUCAUCGUCCGUGUCGGCUUCCCCACCAGCCUCGUCCGCGCCGCCGGCGUCUGCACGCGCUGGCUCAGCCACGCCUCCGACCGCGCGCUCCUCCGCCGUUUCCGCGAGCUCCACCCGCCCAGGCUCCUCGGCUUCUACCUCGCGAACAGGGAGCGUCCGGGCGGGGCGCGCUUCCUCCCGGUGCUGCCUCUGCCCCCGGAUCUCGCCGCCGUCGUCCGCCGCGCAAGCUUCAGCCUUGACACCCACGACGGCGCGCGCCGCUCCGCAAGCUUCAGCCCCGGCACCCACUCGGACGGGCGGACCGACGUGGUGGGCUGCUGGAACGGCCGCGUCAUCACCAGCUCGCAGGGGCAGAAUUACGCCCACGGCCGAUCCGAAAUUAUAUUUCAAGUGCACACCCCGCUAUGCUCUGGCUCUGAGAAAGGUAUCAUGAAGAUUCUAAGGUGCAUGUGUAUAUGCUGCAAAAUGGUGAUGAUGCCUGGCGCAAGCAUCUUACCUUGGCCUCGGACCUCCUCCUGUAUCCACGCAAAAGCCCCAAAGGCGUGCUCGUUCACAACAAAUUCUAUCUGCCGACCGACAAUGAAAUUGUUGUCCUGGAUUUGGUGUCCUCAAGCUUAUCGACAAUUCAGCUCCCACAAGGGGUGGGUUUUAGUCCAAUAGGCACCACCAUGUUGUCACGGGCUGAUGAUGCUUCUGGUGUGUAUCUCAUCCAUAUCAAGGACCUUCAACUUAGCAUCUGGCUCCACAAUGGGGACAACUGGUUGCUGGUGGACACCAUUUGCUUGUGUGAAAUAUCUGAUAAUUUGCUUGACGAUGAGCCUACUGACGAUAUCCUGAUAAACCAUGUGGGGGACUAUAAUGAGUUUUUAUUCUUGGAGCUGGGUCGAUGCGCACUCUACUUGGAUGUCAAACGCAGGACGCUGCGUAAAGUGUAUGAGAUGACAGCAGAGGAGCAACAAUUGGGUGAUAUCUAUCCUCUUAUGAUGAGCUGGCUUCCCAAUUUCCCUGCACUCAUGGAUAGUCCUGCAAGGAAUGCAGCGUGAAGAACAAGGAUAUAAGGAUGCUUUUGGACGGCCUGUGACAAGUUCGCCAUCAACGAAGAGCACAGUGCUGCACUUCCACUGCAGCAGUUCUAACUGUGUUCAUUUUAUCGCCAUCAAUGAAGAGCACAGUGCUGCAUUUCCUCGUAGCUGUUCCUACUGUGUUCAUUACCUGCAUCGCCUGGUCUGUUUGUGUUGUUGGUGUCUUCUGUGGUUCCACUGCUUGCUGCUCGUGGCAUUUGGGGAGGUGUCUUCUUUUGUUUGUUGAGCAGCUGUUCCAGUACUGUACUUGUGUUGCAGCCUUGUGUGGUUAUGCUGGUUGCAACUUAUGCCAUCUGCAGAAAUUGUGUAGUUCUACUGCUGUAAAAAUCUUUUGGGAAAGUGUCAGUCUUCUUUUGUACGAGUAGUAUGUUUGAUCAGCUGAGCA